AUGCCGGCGACGGAGAGGGAAGCUUCUCGCGACAGCGAGGUCAGACAUCAGCAUUCUUGGAGCGAGUCAGGAAGGAUGAGCGUCCCUAUGUGGGAUAGCUCAGAUCCGGAUCGCGCGCCGCCGCCUCUUCCACUCAACCCAACUCACAGUCCGACGACGAAGGCGAACACAUCCGCAGGUAUUGCCGCGGCUGCCAGGCAAAUUGUCGAAAGGGCUCGGGAGAGCCAACCACUUUCAUCCUACACAUCCAACAACGGCACUCCACAAGGCUCACCGGAGAGGUCGCUGAUCAAAGGCGCGCAUCACAAGCGCAUGCAGAGUUUGCAGACAGGAAACGUCAAGGACCUGCGCAACUAUCUGGACAACAGGUCGCCGGAGCGGUCACCGGAGAGGCCGGUGUCAGGCGGUGGAUUCUCUUCGUUCAGUCGGCAGGAGAGCAAGGAGGAUAUCUUCGAGCGAUCAUCUACUCCGACUCCAGCGCCGCGCGAUCCACUGAAGGAUACUCCGAGUCUAAGGCCAUCCACACGACCAGGGCCUCGACCGCUGCUGGGCGAGAACACUCCUCCAUCUGCGACUAUGCUUGCGCUUCAGACGAUGCAGGUACCGGAGCAGCCAUUGCACGAUGUCACCAAUGGACCAGCCACACCAACACUACCACGAUCAAAUAGCAACUUCGACCGGUCAAGCAGCAAUUACGAUCUUUCCAGCCAGCUGCUCAACUUGACCUCAAUCGCUACAAAUCUGCAGAAAGAGAUGACAGCCCUCAGCAGACGGAGCAAAGACAACGCUACGGAUCUGCUCAGCCUGAAAGACGCGACCAAUAAGCGCGACGAAGAAAUCCACAAGUCGCUGCGACGCCUUGGGAUGAACCUUGACCCAGGUCUCCUGGGCCCACCUCCAGUGCCAGGUGAAGUGGGCCGGAGCGCGAGCAGUUUCGCGACGUUCUUGGAUAACAAGCCAUUCAACUCGCCUCCAUCUGCACAGAAGUCGUAUAGUGUGCCACGAGCAGCCAGCGCGCAUAGCUUCCUGGAGGAGAGAAUUGGCUCGCCAUCGCCAUUCUCUAUUGAAGGCACUGCAAGCAUGGCGAUGCUAGAGAAGAUCAUCCGCGACAUGGUUACGAAAGAUGGCCAGGAUCACCUGCAGCGACUUCUGACUGAGCUGUUGGAGAAGAGUCAGAAGGAGAACGUAGAGGCUGCAAGGAAGGUGGAAGAGCUAUCUGAGUUCAUCAAGGAGAAGUCCGGAUCGCAAGCCAUAGUCCGCGUCUCGAAGGAUGGCCCACCCAAACUGGACCUCAACUUCGACUCACCCAACUCGAUGCAGAAGACGCGCGAUGCUGGUGGAAAGGAAGCGAGGAUGAUUGGCACAGACUCCGAGAUCAUCAAGAUGCUUGAGCACAUCAAGAGCGCCAUGACGCAUACCGGAGGAACCACGUCGGAAGUUAAGGGCAUUGUCCGCGACCUGCGCGGUGAGAUCCUAGGUAUGGGAAGGGAUCUGGGUCAGAAGCUGGAGAAAGUCAGCACUUCGCAGCUGACCAACGCUCUCGACCGAUCCAUCGAAGACGGACAAGGUGGUCUGGACGCCGGAGAGGUCCAGAGCAUCAUCGACGAGAGCAUAGCUGAUCUCAAGACGCAUAUCUCUAACUUGAUGCAGCAACGCGCCGAGGAGGACGACAACACUUUCAAGCAGCUCGCAAACACCAGAGGCGGCCCGGAUGGUGAAGAGAUGCUUGCUGUUAUCAAGCAUGCACUGUCUGAGCACGCGGACAGCAUCGUGAAGCACGAGCCUGAGUCUGGUGACUCCAGCGUGGACCGAGAGGCGAUCCUGGAGGUGGUAAAGGAAGGACUUGAGGGCUUUGAACCCGAUAUCUCGAUACAGCAGUUUGGCCUUGAGCGUGAAGAGAUCCUUGAUGUGCUCAAGCAGGGCUUCGAGGACCAUUCGAACAGCAGGGCAGAGCCAGCUGUCGCCAGUGUCGACAAGGGCGAGGUCUUCGAGGCGGUGCAGGAAGCGUUGAAGGACUUCAGGACUCCGCUGCCGGAUGAGCAGAUCGAGCAGAUGAGGGAGGAGCUGCUCGGGAGCGUUCGACAGGCGCUUGAGCAGUUCAGCCCACCACCAGCUGGUCCAGCGGACGACGAAGCCACAAGAUUCGCAGUCAUCGAGGCUGUGAAGGAGGGUCUUGCCAACCAUGGACCAUCCGCACCAAGAGAGAUGGAGAUCAGCCGCGAGGAUCUCUUCGACGCCGUCAAGGCCAGCUUGGAUGGUUCUGCCAUUCCUUUCGGUGGUCUGGGCGAAGAAGUUCUGAGGCAACUGCAAGACCUUGUCGAUGGCAUGAGAGUCGAGUUCCAGCAGUACAUCGCUGCCAACGGCCGUGAUACCGAGCAGGUCCUGGACGCAGUCAAGGAUGGUCUCGAGUCGCUACGAGGCGAGAUCGAAAGCUACGUUGACCGGGCGCAGGAUGUCACUGGCAAGGACGAGAUUGUGGAUGCUCUCAAAGAUGGCCUGGAACAGCUACGAGCAGAUACCCAAGGCUACGUCGCCGAAGGUCCAACAAACGACAAAAGCAAGGCCGACAUGGUUCAGUACCUCAGGUCUGAGUUCGAGCAUCUCCACGAGGUCAUUGGCUCUCGUGACAUGGCUCGCGAUAGCGGCGAAGAGUUGCAACCACAGCACGCCGCCGAAGUCAUCCUCGCGCUCAAGGAGGGCAUGGAAGAAUUAAAGUCCCAUGUCGGCAAUUCUCGGAGCGUCGACGGCGAAGAAUCAGGACCCAGCGAGGAGAUGCUUGAAGCCAUGAAGGAGGAGUUCGAACAGCUCAAGACUGCUGUCCUCAACGCCAAUGCGAACGACAAGAGCGAGCUGAUCGAAACGAUCCAGGACAGCUUGGGCGCUCUGCACGCCAGAUUCAACGGCAGCGAGAUGAGCGGCCUCUCCGGCGGCGCCACGGAGGACAUCAUCAACGAGAUGCAUACUGAAUUCUCGCAGCUGAAGGAGUCAUUGCACUCCAUCAUCGGGGAUGCUGAUCGCGACGCCAUUGUGAGCGGUGUCAAGCAGUCGAUCGAUGACCUCCGCACACAGCUCUCUGCGGACCAGAGCGAUGCUGCGGCCGAAGCGCUGGGAGCCAUCAAGGAAGAACUUGAAGGCUUCAAGGAGUCCAUGGGUAGUUCUGUUGUCGUUGGCGGUGGCGGCAAUGGGCAGGUCAGUGACGAGACGCUCGAAUCUAUCCGUACUGGCCUAGACGAGAUCAAGGAAUCGGUAGCCAAAGGCAGCGACUUAGGCCUCACAGAUGAGCUCCUUGAAGCCAUCCAAGGCGAGUUCGACAAGCUUCGCAACGGCAUCGCCACCAGCGUGGCCCAUGGAGGCUCUCAAGAAGAAGUUCUUGACGCCGUCCGUCUCGGUCUCGACGACCUGCGAAGCCACAUCGACAAGAAGUCUCAAGAUCCAGAGCAGCGCGACACGCAGCACACGGAGCUCUUGGAUGCCAUCAACGAGGGACUGGAAAGCUUGCACACUGAUGUGAUCAAGACGCUCGACAAGCCACUGGAUAUGACCGUGAACUACGAGAUCUUGGACACGCUCAAGGAAGGUCUUGCCGGACUCAGGGCGGACAUUGAUAAGCUCAAGUCUGCUGAUGGGACUGCGAUUAUGCCCAAGGGUGGAGAGAUCGUGCUCGCUGAUGGCGCGGAGGUUGGCCAGGCGAGGGACGUCGGUGCUGAGGCCGGGGUCGCCGCGGGUGUUGCUGCUGCCGCUGCGACCGGGAUGAAUGAUGAAGGCGUUGAGAAGAUUGAGAUGGCGAUUACGCAGUUGCAGAUGAAGAUCGAUGCGAUGAGCGCGUCCUUGGGGGAUCUUGGGACUGCGAGACCGGCUGCGGAGUCUGUCGAGCGGGAGGACAUCAUCGCUCUCAAGGUGCUGCUAAAGGAUAUUCAGGACAGUGUUGUCUCGAUGGCUGAGCGAGAGCAGCCUGCACCUGGUGAGGGUGCGGCGAUGAAGGAGGAUACUGAUGCCAUUGAAACGCUGCUCAGGAACACGAAAUCACAGCUCGAGGACAUGGCGAUGCCAGAUCCGGCGAACGUGGUUACCAAGGACCAGAUGGAUGCUUUGGAAGCUACUGUUCGUGUCACCAACGAAGGUAUCGACGGGCUUGUCGAUAAACUGGAGAACACCACGGCAGGCAAAGCGGACGUCGCUGUCGUCGAAGUGCUUGCGCAGGACCUCAAGACCGCAAUGGAUGAGCUCAAGGACCGCAUGCCGGUGCCCGAUCCGGACGAAGAGAAGCCGGAGCUCAUGACCAAAGCCGACCUUGAUAUCCUUGGUGUAAUGUGCACCGACAUCAAAACGAGAGUCAACGAGAUGGUUAUUCCGGACCCUGAGGAGCUACCUUCGAAGGCCGAUGUCGAACAGCUUCACGGCCUGAUCACUGACUUCCGCGAGAGCCAUGACAAGCUCAAGGAGAGUUAUGAGACGGACAUUGCUGUCACCGCCAAAGCCUUCGAUGAUCGCAAGCAGGAGUUCGAGGAGACUGUCCAACAGCUUACCGACUUCAAGGACUCCCUUUCCGAGAUGAAGGAAGAGCUUUUGGCCAAACUUGGCGACGGCGAGACCGGCAUCGACACUUUGGGCGAGACGCUGAAGAGUCUUGAGGAGAAGACUAGCCAUGAACCGGUGACGGCUGAGAUUCAAAGCCUGCUGGAGAAGGUCAAGGAGGAGUUCGAGCGCGCACAUGGCUCGAUCGAAGCGAUCAAGGUCGACCAUAACGAAGCCGCCGAAUCGUCGCUGGAGAAGCAAGCAGAGCACAAGGAGGCGCUGGUGACCGAGAUUGGUGAGAAGCUCGAGACAUACUUCGACGGCCUCAUGUCCAAGUACGAUGACGCUCAGCACGCUGCUGAAGAGAAGGCCAAGGGCAUGGAGGAGAACGCUGCUAAGCAGGACGAGAUGUUGACGAACAUGAAGACUAUGACGGAUGACCUGCGCUUGUCCAUCGAUACUCUUGGAUCGACGCUUACUGCUUUCCCGGAAACCAUGGAGAAGAUGACCGAGGAGUCGAAGACCGUGUUCAACAAGGUCGACGACACUUACAACAAGCUCGACGAGACUCAAGAGGGCCUCAAGUUCGAGCACUCGGUCACUCGGGAUGAGGUUGCCAAAGUCCUCGCUGCCAUCGGUGGCCUGCAGAGCGACUUGUCGGAGCACAAUCCUCGUUUCAUGGUCACGCUGAAGGAAGUCCAAGCCAUGCUCGGCCAGCACUACGAGCACUCGCAGAAGGCUUCCGACGCGGCCGCUGAGCACGCACAGGCAGUGAAGGAGUUGCAGGAGCAAGUUCGCGGGAUAGGAACCCAGAACGAGGAGCUCAAGACCAACAUGUCUUCGCUGCCCCAGCUUAUGCCGGCUCCUUCCACCGACAGUGCGCCUCCGCCAGAGCCUGAGCGCUACGAUGAUACCGUAAUGCAUGAGAAGCUGGACAAGCUGGUGGGUCAUGCUGAGGAGGCUUCAAAGGGUUCCGCGCAGCUUGAGCGUCUCGACCAGAUCCAUGAGAAGGUCAUGGCGACUGCGGCUGAGGUUUCGGCUUUCGUGGCCACGCAGGCGAAGCAGAUCACUGAAGAGCACGAGAGCAAGGAGCGCGAAGCUGAAGAGCUGGCGUUGCUGCUUGAGCGCAGACAGGCGAAGAAGGACGAGAUUGAAGACGACAUCACGGUCCUCAACGACGAGAAGGACACGCUCAGGACUGCCGUCGAGGCUCUCAGGGCUGAGAAGGAGGCUCUGACCUCUCAGAAGUCCCGUCUUGCUGCUGACGUCUCCUCGCUCGAGACAGCGAUGCAUAUUCGUCGCGAAGAACUGCACGAGAUGGACAAGAAGGCCGAAGGCAUCGAGCGACGCAUGCUCGAGGGCGUCAUGAACCAAUCUCGGAUGCUGCUCCUCGCAAAGAGCGCCAAACCCGCACCUUCUCCCAAGAAGAAGCCUCAGGGCCGUGACCUGCGAGUCCCCAGCAAUGCUUCCGCCACUUCAGCCCAGACCGUCACCUCCUCCGUUCCGGCCAUGAAAGCCAACCACUCCCUCGCCAUGAAGUCCCGCCCAGGCAUGCAGCGUAACGGCGCCCUCUCCAACACAGCCGAGCGCCGCAUCAUGUCCCUCAACCAGAUCAACAACAACGUCGCCUACGGCGGCAGCACCCUCUCCUCCAACCCCAGCCUGGCUUCGCAGGGCAUGAAGCGCAGCCAUUCCGUCAAGACACAGUAUCCGCGUAAGCCUUCUUGGGCCGGGAAGCGCGACCUCCUGGCCCCAGUGGAGCAGAACAAGGAGAACGAGACGCUGUCCGAAGAGAGCGAGGAUGAGCUUCAGCGGCCCGACUCGCCUAGUGUGUACGGGAGUGAUGCAGCUACCGAGCGAAGGACGAGUUUGAUGAGUGGACGGGACAGUUACUCGACGUAUCCUGAAGGUAGCGGGACGGAGGGUAUCACGCCCGGGGUGGAGAGCCGGAUGAGCUAUGGCACUUCUGAUCUCUCAUAUGGCACUGGCAGCUACAUGACAGGCAGCGAGAUCGAUCGCCGUACCAGCCUGGGAAGCUCAGCUGAGGGUGUGGUGGCAGGUGGCCAGAGCGUCAUCGACGAGGAGCCGAGCGAGGAGGAGUUCCAUGAGCUGAGCGGCGACGAAGGCGAAGGGCAAGAAGAGCAGGCAGAGGCCGAAGCCGAAGCCGAGGAGGCUGCGCCGCUGCAGCUGCGACUCGAAGCGGCGCCCGGGGGUGAUCCGGAGGCGGACAAGCAGAAGGUGACGUGGCCACAUGCUUUCGAUAGUGCGUUGGGGAGUGAUAUGCCGACGGCCGCGUUGAGUAGUGUGGAUGGGGGGAGUUACUUUGGGCGGUAG